GGGCUGCGAGGGGAGGGAGCUGCCCGGCCCGGCGGCGGCGAGAGGGCGAAGCGCGCCGAAGGUGUCCGUUUAUUGCCUUCUCUAUCUGCUCGCACGGGUCGUGCUGCCGUUAGCCUUAGGCGACGUCUUUCAAGUGGGCAGAAGCGAGGCCUGGAGGCAGGACGGCGUGGGUCUCGUUCCCCUCCUGCCGCGGCGGCUGCUCCCAUAGCGCAGCUAUGAGACCCAGCACCCGGGGCGGCCCCUUCCCUCGAUCUCUGCCGUGGGAAUCGCGAGGGUUAAUCGUGCUCAAUGGGUUAAUGGCCGCACCGAGGGGCCGGGGGGGGCUGUGGGACUUUGGUGAUGUGCAGAGCUCUGAAACGUGGGAGCCGCAGGUUCCCCAUGCGGGGGGGUGGUGAAGUGUCAGCUAACUGGAUGAAAGUUCAGUGUGUUUGUCGGUGGGAAUACUGAUACUGAGGGUUGAGCCGCUUGCCUUUGGGAACGAAAACAAAAUAAUCCACCAGAUACACGGGAAUGUCAUCAAACAAAGGUAACAGGCAAGGAAUGAGGUGGCAGCCCGUGGUACUGCAAAGCUGCGCCCGGAGAACGCCCCUUCCUUCCUUAGAAGCGCCGUGAGCGGGCUGGGAAGGUGCUGAGUGUUGGCGGUGCUGGCAGAGCCUGAAAGCACUGCAGCUGGGAAAACCCGUGGGCUGCGAGGCUAUGGGGAGAGGUGUGCACGAGGGAGGCAGGAGGGGCACGGAGCAUCCUUCGGCUCCGGGGACCGCUGCGGGCAGAGCUCAGGGCAGCUGUGCUUCGGGUCAGAGCAAAUGGCCCCGUGUUCCCCUUGCAGCGUGGUGGAGGAAGGCUGCAGGUUGCGUUUUCCGGGUGUGCUGCGUGCUGUUGUGCUGACUGACAGCUGUGCUGAGAGUCGCCGGGAUGGGCUGUGGCUGGCAAUGACUUUCAUUGCUGGGCUGUGAGGUGUCUGUUCAUCCUCCAGCCCCCGUGAGCUCUCUCUGGGUAACAUCUUGCCCUCACAGCACCCGGUGGUCACGGAUUCGUGGGCUGGAAGUUGAAGGCUUUGAGGGGCUGAGUCACUGUCUGCUGCAAUGGAUUCAAGUUGGUUUGCUCUCGUAGUGUGUCAACAAGUCAUUGGUGAUAAAAGGUCAUAAAGCAUUGUAACGUCUGGUAUUGACAGAGGCUGACUGUCAUCCAGGGGACAAUUCGAUCCCAAUAGGGCAGUGCCAGCGCACCGUGCACAUGAUUGAAUUUAUUUUCUAUGGGAGGCAGGAAUGAUGUGGUGUGAGGGUUUCUAUUCCAGCUUGGCCUUGCAAAUGUGUGUGUUACCGGAGGCAGAGAGGCUGCUUGUAGUAAAGUUACAUGUAUGAGGAGUUGUGGAAAUGAGCUUCAGUUAGGAUUUCCUUGUUCCAAGGAGAAGUCACUGGUUUUCCCUUUGCAUGUGAAAUCAAGACCUGAUUUUUGUUGUUUUUGUCUCAAUUCUAAGUCCAGAGUUAACCUGGACUUCUUGUCUUUGCAAACAUUCUACGGAGUGUUUGCUUCUGAUGGGAUUUUGCAUGCAGGUAACUGGACAGAGCAGUUCCAGCAGCAUAAAAAUAAUGCUGAGGGUUCCCUUCUGAUCUUUUGCAGCACCUGGAGAACACUCUGCUAAUAUGCCCGGGUCCUUGGCUAAGCACGUUUUAUCUAAACAGGAUUUGCAAUGAAAUCAGGACACUUUCUUUGCUUAAGAGAUAAAAUAAGUUGCGUUCAGAUUAAUUUUGUGUGAACGCUUGCAGGUAUUUGAACAAAUAAAAACGUGUUCCUGAGCUAGUUCUUGGAUAGGCUUUGUUAUCUCCUCUAUCUCUGCUGCUGGAUGCAUUUUGCAACUCCUGUAGCUCUGUUUGGGGCUGAUGGUGAAGGAUUUAAUUCUCCUGUACUUGCUUUAUCAAUGGGAAAUUUGCUGUUUUUUCCUCAUUGUUUCACAAUUCACAAAAUGAAUGUGUGAGAUAUGCCUUCUAACACGCAGCAUAAAUCCCUCCUCCCAAAAGAUGCCAAAUGCUGCCUUUUCUUGCAGAGGGGGCAGUUGUUAACUUCCUUUGGCUUUGCCUGUACUGACGAAGAAGAAUCUUGCUGGUUACGAAUGCGGCAGCAACACGAUACUACUUAACACAUCCAACCUGCAGUUUAACUGCAGUUUUGUUUUCUUAAGAAACCAUUAAGGCAGCAUCACUUGUUUUUUAGCAUGAGCGUGCACUUGCAGCUCACGUCCUCCUGGAUAAACAUUGCAGUUACUACAGGUCAGCGCCUUGUGGUGCUGUUUGCAGGUGAUUCCACUGCGUUGAGGAGCUUGAGGAAAGACGUGAAGUGACUUCUGGAGGAAAGCCCGUCUCUUGUAAAGCAGUCCCUGUCAGUCUUGCCCUAGAGAGACAAAGCUAACAUGCCAAAUCUGAAGUUUCUGCCCCAACUGGGACAGGACUGAAGGAAAUCUAGACGAUGGCGUUACACCCGCGCAGGGUGCGCCUGAAGCCGUGGCUCGUGGCCCAGGUGGACAGCGGGAUGUACCCCGGCCUCAUCUGGCUGAACCGAGAAGCCAAGCGGUUCCAGAUCCCCUGGAAGCACGCAACCCGGCACAGCCCUCAGCACGAGGAGGAGAACACCAUCUUCAAGGCAUGGGCUGUGGAAACAGGGAAGUACCAGGAAGGAGUCGACGAGCCAGACCCUGCAAAAUGGAAAGCGCAGCUCCGAUGUGCUCUUAACAAAAGCCGGGAGUUUAAUCUGAUGUAUGAUGGCACCAAGGAGGUGCCCAUGAAUCCCGUGAAAAUUUAUGAAGUGUGCGAUAUCCCGCAGUCCCAGGGAUCAAUCAUUAAUCCAGGGUCCACUGGCUCAGCUCCAUGGGAUGAGAAGGAGAAUGAUCUUGAUGAGGAUGAAGAGGAAGAACUGAAUCCAUCUCAGCAUGUCCCUAUUCAAGAGACAUUUCCAUUUCUUAAUAUCAAUGGAAAGAGUCAUUUUCCUUCUGUAGAUUCUCCGAUGGCUCCAGCCAGUGCAGAGAACUGCAGCCCUGAAGCUGUGUGGCCGAAGAAUGAACCUCUGGAUAUGGAGAUGCCUCCGACUGCUCUGCAACAUGACUUCUUCAGCAGCCCGGAGCUCUGGAUCAGCUCUCUUCCAAUGACAGACCUAGAAAUCAAGUUUGAAUAUCGAGGAAAGGAGACUGGGCAGACGACAACUGUGAGCAACCCGCAGGGAUGCAGACUGUUCUACGGAGAGCUGGGUCCUAUGCCAGACCAGGAGGAGCUCUUUGGGCCAAUUAAUUUGGAGCAAGUAAGGUUUCCAGGAACAGAGCAAAUCACCAACGAAAAGCAAAAGAUCUUCACCAGUCGGCUGCUGGAUGUUAUGGACAGGGGACUGAUCCUGGAGGUCAGUGGCCAUGCCAUCUACGCUGUGCGGCUCUGCCAGUGCAAGGUGUACUGGUCUGGUCCCUGUGCACCUUCUGCCACUACACCAAAUUUGAUUGAGAGGCAAAAGAAAGUCAAACUCUUCUGUUUGGAAACGUUUCUAAGUGAGCUGAUUGCCCACCAGAAAGGACAAAUUGAGAAACAGCCACCAUUUGAAAUCUAUUUCUGUUUUGGGGAAGAGUGGCCUGAUGGAAAACCUCGGGAGAGAAAGCUGAUCGUGGUUCAGGUCAUCCCUGUUGUGGCUCGGAUGAUAUAUGAGAUGUUUUCCGGUGACUUCACGCGCUCCUUUGACAGCGGCAGUGUGCGGCUCCAGAUCUCUACUCCUGACAUCAAGGACAACAUUGUGGCUCACUUGAAGCAGCUGUACCGCCUGUUGCAGACCCACCAGGAGGGGUGGCCGAUGCAGGCCCCCACCAUGCACAUGGCACAGCCACUGCCUGCGCAGUGACAGGCACUCGGUCCUCCUGUGCUGUUCCCUCCCCUGUGUGUGUGUAUAUAUAAGAAAACUCUGACAAGUGCCUUGCCUGAACCUGAGUGAAAUCUGUAAAUCUGGUUUUCUGAUUGAAUUUCCACAGUCUCAUGGUACUUUUGUUUGGGGAGUGUUAUAAAUAAAGGGAAUAAGGAAUGCUUCUAGCUCCAUCACUGUUUUUAGCUGCUUGCUUAACCCACCGCUAUGUAUAAAUCAGAUUUUUAAUUCUGUAAUAUUUUUUAAACCAAAUACUGACAUCCUGUAUAUAAACACUUGAUCAGGAGAGAGUAAAAAUUAAUCUGUACUCUAUUAAAUUUGUCUUAACGUUA